AUGCCCAGCGCCGGGCAUGUCGAUUCUCCCCACUCGCCCCCAAGAACGACACCAAGCCGCCUGGUUCAGAUCUCCGCAGAAGACAGAAAAUCAGCCCGGACCAGUCCCCCGGCCCCGGCAGGGUCUCGAGCGCAGCUAGAGACCCCCACUGCGGACCCAGCCCCAGCUGGGCCGCCUCCGCCCCCAGCCGCAGCACCCCGCCCUCCAGCGUGGCCACGCCGUCCCCGCCCUGACCCGGCUGCCGCUUCCGCCGCUUCUUCCUUCUACACGUGCUGUUCUGGGGCACAUGCAACAGGCCACGCCGGGACCAUGGCUAGGAAUGGGACAAAUGCAGAUGUGGCCAUGGAAGAAGGGCCCAGUCCUUGUAAGCGAGUGAAAGUGGAAACAGUUGAUCCUGCUUCACCUUUGAACUUUGACAGCCCUGAUGCUCUCUUUGAGAGCUUGAUCUCGCCCAUCAAGACAGAGACUUUUUUCAAGGAAUACUGGGAGCAAAAGCCCCUUCUAAUUCAGAGAGAUGAUCCUUCACUGGCUGCUUACUUUCAAUCCCUUUUCCAGUUAACAGAUUUGAAGAAUCUGUGCAGACUGGGGAUGUACUAUGGAAGAGAUAUAAAUGUGUGCCGAUGUGUGAAUGGGCAGAAGAAGGUGUUAAAUAAGGGCAGCAAAGUACACUACCUCCAACUGAGAAAAGAUUUUGAUCAGAAAAGGGCAACCAUCCAGUUCCACCAGCCUCAGAGAUUUAAGGAUGAGCUGUGGAAAAUCCAGGAGAAGCUAGAAUGUUUUUUUGGAUCUCUGGUUGGAUCUAAUGUGUAUAUAACGCCCUCAGAGUCCCAGGGCUUGCCCCCUCAUUAUGAUGAUAUUGAGGUGUUUAUUUUGCAACUGGAAGGAAAGAAACACUGGCGCCUAUACCAACCCACUGUGCCCCUUGCUCGAGACUACAAUGUGGAGUCAGAGGACAGGAUUGGAGCACCAACACAUGAGUUCACAUUAAAGCCAGGGGAUUUGUUAUAUUUCCCCCGAGGGACCAUCCAUCAAGCUGACACUCCUCCUGGACUAGCCCAUUCUACACAUGUGACCAUCAGCACCUACCAGAACAAUUCAUGGGGAGACUUUCUUCUAGAUGUGAUUCCUGGGCUUCUCUUUGAUACUGCAAACAAAGAAGUAAAAUUUCGGACUGGCAUACCACGGCAACUACUUAUGCAGGUGGACGACAUAAGCGUUGCAACAAAAAGAUUAAGUGGCUUCCUGAGGACUCUUGCAGAUCGGUUGGAGGGUACCAGAGACCUGAGAUCAUCUGAAAUGAAGAAGGAUUUCAUUAGGAGCAGAUUGCCACCAUAUUAUUUGGGAGAUGGUUCCAAUUUUUCCACCCCAGGUGGAAAGUUCCCAAAAUUAAAUAGCAGAGUAAGACUGCAAUUUAAAGACUACAUCGUUAUGACAGUGGAGGCAGACAAGUAUGCAUCUGAUGAGGCUCAAGAACAAAUGGUUUACAUCUAUCAUUCUUUGAGGAAUAAGCGGGAGACACACAUGAUGUUUGCAAAUGACAAUGAAAUGGCAAAGGCUCUUGGACUUCGCUUUCCUUUAUCUCAUAUGGAUGCCCUGAAGCAACUUUGGAGUUCUGAAAUUAUUUCUGUUAAGGAACUGAAACUUAAUACAGAUGCAGAGAAGGAAAACCUGGUGUUAGCACUCUGGACUGAAUGCCUAAUGGAAGUAAUCUAGUGCCUUUGUCAAGUCAGCACUUCCUAUAAAAGGGUAAAACAGUUUUUCCACUUACUUAAUAAAGAAUCAUUUGCUAUCUUUGCUUAGGCCACAGGGAAAA